GUGUUUUGUCAGGGAAAUCUGCGCUUAGCAUCACAAAUUAGGUAUCUGCCGUGCACAUUUUGAACUGUGUGGACUCCUAAAGACAGAGUCUUUCUUUCCCUGACGCCGCAUUUGCUCCUCCUCGGGCGUAAUAUCCUGUUUUUUUUAGAUGCCCAGUCACACUAUACUGGAGGAUUUGCGUUGCGCGCGCGCUUACGUUUCAGCGUUCAAAGAAAGAAAAAAAACGCUCGAGGCGGUGACGCUCGGAGCGCACGAGCCACCCCGGACACACACACACACAGUUUCGCUUUUUGCUCACAGCCACGGACGAAUAUUCAGCGAGGUUGAGCUUCUCACAUGAAAGGCAACUCUAAAAUAGCCCAGUGCUACAGAUCCAGGGUUUAGCCCUUACUGUCCCUCAAGAGAGCUGAGGAAGAAGAGCAGCACAAGAAAGAGACAGAGAGAGAGAGAGAGAGAGAUCAGGAAGCCAGUGUCUUCAAUCCCACAGAGGGAAGGAUGGGAGAGAUGGAGGAAGAGAAGAGCCAGGCUGGGAGGUUGUUUGAGACCUUCGUCCAGGCGUCCACCUGUAAGUCCACACUGCAGGCCUUUAACAUCAUGUGCACUUACCUGGAGCUGGAUCCACUGGAGCAUGACUCCUUCUACAGCAGCCUGAAGAGCAGACUGACCUGCUGGAAGGCCAAAGCGCUGUGGAGCAAACUGGACAAGAGAGCCGCUCACAAGGAGUACAAGAAAGGCACAGCCUGCAUAGGCACAAAGUGCUUAAUAAUCGGAGGAGGACCCUGUGGCCUGCGUACUGCUAUAGAACUGGCUUUCCUUGGUGCCAAAGUAGUGGUGAUCGAGAAAAGAGACACGUUUUCCAGAAACAAUGUUCUGCACCUAUGGCCCUUCACCAUCCAUGACCUCCGAGGCCUGGGGGCUAAGAAGUUUUAUGGCAAGUUCUGUGCAGGUGCCAUAGACCAUAUCAGUAUUCGGCAGCUCCAGCUCAUGCUCCUGAAGAUCGCUCUGCUGUUGGGGGUUGAGUUUCACAUCAAUGUGGAGUUUGUAAAGCUUCUGGAGCCUCCAGAAGACCAGGAAAACGAGGGACCUGGUUGGAAGGCGGAGAUCCGGCCGGCAGAGCACCCUGUAGCUGACUUUGAUUUCGACGUCGUGGUCGGGGCUGAUGGGAGACGAAACACCCUCGAAGGUUUCAGACGGAAAGAAUUCCGCGGAAAACUGGCCAUCGCCAUUACAGCCAACUUUAUUAACAGGAACACCACGGCAGAAGCCAAAGUGGAGGAAAUCAGUGGCGUGGCUUUUAUCUUCAACCAGAAGUUCUUCCAGGACCUCAAACAGGAGACCGGCAUCGACUUGGAGAACAUUGUGUACUACAAAGACAACACGCACUACUUCGUCAUGACGGCUAAAAAGCAGAGUCUUCUGGAUAAAGGAGUCAUCAUUCACGAUUAUAUCGACACAGAAGCUCUGCUCAGCAGUGACAACGUGAACCAGGAGGCUCUGCUAUGCUACGCACGGGAGGCCGCAGACUAUGCCACGCAUUACCAGCUGCCCACACUGGAGUACGCCAUGAACCACCUCGACCAGCAGGAUGUAGCCAUGUUCGACUUUACCUGUAUGUAUGCCUCAGAAAACGCAGCACUGGUCAGAGAGCGGUUUGGACAUCAGCUGCUUGUGGCACUGGUGGGGGAUAGUCUGCUGGAGCCUUUUUGGCCCAUGGGUACUGGGUGUGCCCGUGGCUUCUUGGCGGCCUUUGACACAGCCUGGAUGGUCAAGAGCUGGGCACAGGGCAGAGGGCCACUGGAAGUGCUAGCUGAGAGGGAGAGUCUUUACCGACUGCUACCUCAAACAACACCUGAAAAUAUCGCCAAGAACUUUGAUCAGUACACCAUAGAUCCUGGAACCCGUUAUCCCAACCUCAACUCCAACUGUGUUAGACCACACCAGGUCCGUAACUACUACAUGUGCGGUGAACUGAAGCCCUGCUCCUUGGAACGAGCUGCUACCAUACGGCGCCCAGUUAAUCUGGCACGGCGAGAAUCUGAGAUCAGGCCCAGCAGGUUGCUGACAUGGUGUCAGAAGCAGACAGAGGGCUAUCGAGGCGUCAGUGUGACUGACCUGAACUCAUCAUGGACCAGUGGCCUGGCCUUCUGCGCUCUUAUCCACCGCUUCAGAGCACACCUCAUUGAUUAUGAUUCCCUUAAUGAAGAAGACUCUGCUAAAAAUAUCCAGCUGGCAUUUGACACGGCGGAAAAGGAGUUCGGCAUCAAGCCCUUCACUACAGGCAAGGAGCUAGCAUCAGGCCAAGAGCCAGACAAGAACAGCAUGGUGACCUACCUGUCCAAAUUCUACGAGCUCUUCAGGGGAACGCCUCUGCCAUCCUCAGACUCAAGAAGAGAAACAGUGGGAAAUCAUGAAGAAUCCACUGAAAGAGCUUCCCAACCUAUUCAUAGAUCAAUGAGCUUCACACUGCCUCGAAAACGAAUCCCAAAGGAUGACAAAAAGGUAGAAGAUAAUGAUUCUUUUAACAAAAGAAGACGGAGGACAGUCUGCAGUUUUUUGGAACAGGCAAACCACCUCUCCAGUCAAAACACAGCACCUGAGAAGCAGGAGAUUAAAGAGAAUAAAGUCAAAUUCAUGGCCUCUCAACUACUGGCAAAGUUUGAAGAGAGCACUCCAAGCUGUACUCUCCGUAGACAGCUUACCGCAAAUGUUCUGAGCCUUCCGAGACCUCCAUCACACGAUCCGACAGAACUCCCACUCUCCAUAAAACCCAGGAAGAAAACCCCACCUCCUCCACCUCCUAAAAAACAGCUCCAACCAUCAACCUGCUCAUCUCCUCUCCUGCCCUUUCCCUUUAACAUCUCUCGGCACGACUGCCAAAGUCUCACUCACAGCGCUCACGCUCCACAGUCACGCUCACACGCAAAGCCUCCUGACACACACAUGAAACCCACAUCAGAGUCAGAGAAACCAGAAGCAGACCACGCUUCGUCAUGUCACUCUGCCAUACUGACCAUGAGAGCAAUGCUGCAGCGUCUGCAGAGAGUGGAGGAAAAGAUCACUCAGAGGAAAGUGCAAACAGAAAACACUAGAGAGUUCCGUCGAAAAAGCAUAAAGGAGAAAGCUGUCCAUUUGAGCUCUCUGUUCUCUGGCAACAUCGUACCACCUCAGCCCGAGGUACAGCCUGCUAAAAAAGACAUUCAGAGAGACUCAGUGAAAGGGUCACAUGUGUUAAGUAGUAAUAGGAGCACCUGUGAAAAAGAAACAGAGAUGCCUCAUUGGAUAGCAGAUAAUAUAAAGACAUUUAAGAAGACUGAAAUCAACCUUCCUCAUUCCAGCUCAUUUUUACCUUCGCCACAAUGUUCUGCUACUUCCUCCUGUUCAUUCUCAUCCAGCAAACCUCUGCUUUCUAAAAGAGAUACUCAAGGAGAAAAACAGAGUAACUCACACGUGCGCACUGUUGGGAAAGUGUCUCUGGUGGUAGAAGCUCGGGCCGAGAGGCUGCUUACUCUCUAUGAGAAUGAUCACAGGCCCAAAGACACCUGUUUAUCCUCACCGGGUUCCUUGCGGAGGGAAUUCCCCCAGAGCUCGGGUGAUGUGUGCUAUGCGUGCAAGAAGAGGGUGUAUGUGGUGGAACGCCUGAGCGCAGAGGGCCUGUUCUUCCACAGAGAGUGUUUCCGCUGUGAUACCUGUAGCGCUCCUUUAUGUCAGGGCGCACAAGCUUUCGACUCGGAGCAGGGAAAGCUGUACUGCAAGCUCCAUUUCUCUCAGCGUAAAUGUGCUAUAAAGCGCAGCAGGAUUUUGGAGCAAGAGAUGCCAUCAGAAAACACCACAGAAAGAAGCGCAUCUCCAAAUCCAGCUGAGAGCGGCAGCAGCUCCGCGUCGUCUUCAGGUACUUUGUCCUCUGUGCUGAAGAGAAGCCUGCUCUGGCCAGUGCACGUGAGCCGGGCAGUGUGUGCCACGCCUCGUCGUGUUCGUACCUGGCUGGGUGGGAAAGUUCAGGCUCUGGGCCGGCACCUCAGGGAAAACGCAGAUGACUACACCAUUUUGUAUGAGCUGCUAAGUGUGGGGUUGCCCCUGCUCGUGGCACUCUAUGAAAUCCUGCUUCAGAUGCAUGCCGAAACCGGAUCACUGAACCUGCAGCUCCUGCAGCAGUGGCUCGAGCAGCACCUGGGCCGUGGGUUCCUCACGUAGCCCGCUGGGUUAACGUUUUUAUUAUUUAACAUAUAUUAUUGAAAAAAUAAAUGUUCCAGCACUCUAAAAACUGAUGGUUAGCUGAGAAGAACAAUAUUUUUGACUAGGAUGUGAACAUUUUGUUCACUUGACAUGCUGUAUAAACCUUGAGAUGACUGCUGCUCAUAAAUUUCCUUUUGCCUGAAUACUGGGAAUUGAACAGUUGGUCUUGGAACUAUUUCUUUGCUGUUCUCACGUUACAAAAGUUCUCAGAAUGGUAGAAAAAGGAAGGGUAAAAGGGAAAAAAUUGAAAUUAAAGCACUUUAAUGCGUGAGCUGCCUGGGAUUUUACUCGUGUAGGAUUGGGAGUAAUGUUUUCUGCAUGAUUUGUACAAUAACUUUGAAUCUAAAGUAAUUACUGUGUGCGUUUGCUGCAAGUUUACUGACACAAAACUGACCUGGAUCUGCUUUUGGUCUCGUGCAAUGAACCUGCCAAGCCAAACACCGGGGUGUUAUCGUUUGAACCAUCCUCACAUUCCACUUACUGAUACCGAAUGUUUACACAUCUCAUCAUGAGAGUCAAACGUCUGGUAGAUCUGCUUUAUUCUCACAAUGCAACUUCCUUCUCGUCCAUGGUUCAUGAAUUUCAACUUUUUCAAACUUCACUGCUGAAUAUAAUGGAACAACUGAACACACACACACACACACAGCAUGGUUGAAGUUUUGUUAUUUAUCACAGACACAAGACUGUUAUGUGCUCACAUACUGCCAUGUUUUAUUAGCUAACUUUGAGCUUUAUAGGCUAGAGGGAAUUCAGAGAGCAUUGUAGACGCACAGAUUUAAGAGUGUGGCACGUGGCAUGCUCAGAAUCACACACAUUUAUAUCUGAAGAUACGUUUCAUUUUAAAAUGUAUCAUAAAAUGUACUGGAGAGGCACAGAUCAUUUUCAUCUUCAGUACAUUAUAUCAGGGGUGUCAAACUGGUGCCAGAUACUACAGCACACCUUCAGGGAUCUAGUGGAGUCCAUGCCUCGACGGGUCAGGGCUGUUUUGGCAGCAAAAGGGGGAGCAACACAAUACUAGGCAGGUGGUCAUAAUGUUAUGCCUGAUAUGUGAACAGAGGAGAGACGCGCAAGAGGAAUCUUGCUAAUGAUAAAUGACAUAUCAUUGGCACAAUCUAGCCUAGUUCUUUUUAUUUCGGUCUUCCACUUUACACAAUACAAUUUUCAUUUAAGACACUAAUGAAUUUUGUACGCAUGUUUGACACCCCUGCAUUAUAGAAUAGUGUUAAUGGACUGUUUUCUGUGCAGUCUGGAUGCACUGAACAUUUGACGAGUCAGCAGAUCUGUUUUCUAUAGAGAUUUGUAUUUUGAUACACUGGAAGGUAUAUUUUGUACUGAUCCGUUAUGUACCUUUCUCUUAUCUGCUUUGUGUUCUUUCAUUUCUUAUAAGAUGCACACAGUCCACUAAAAAAAAACGCAUGUUAUUUAAUCUCACACCCUUUGUCGUUUAAUUUGAUCUUCAUCUUUCAUCUUUCUUCUCUUAUUCACUUGUAGUCUUUCUCGACCUGUCUGCUGUGUCCACCCCUGACAUGCUCUGAGUCACUGACAGACUCAAGGUGAUCACCCACACGCUCCCAUGAUGCAAUGCUCAGUGGUGUGUCCAUAAAGCACGUCAGGCUGCACAUGUACACUACGUAACACGUAACACCUUCAUGGCAAAUCUACCUGAGCUGCAUCAUCUCUUAACAGCUAAUUUCCUGCCUGCAGGGGUUGUUUAUCCUCUGUAUCAGCAUUGCACAGCAGACUUACGGUGUUGUGUUUGGAUCUGCAUUUGAUGUGUCACUGCUGGGAAAGGCAUGUCCGUAAGACAAGGCACUCCCAUUCAGCAUUUGGAUCUUACUAGUAGUCCUGACUAACAGGAAUGUUCUUCCUGUCUGUUUCGAAAGCAUCUUCAUUACUCAUUUUUAAUCAUUCUUCUGUUCUGCUCUCAUUAACAAAAUCUCAUCAGCAGAUCUUUAUCGCCUUGCAAAAUGUAGUGGGCGUGUAGCACCUUUUGCCUGACAUGUUGCAAAACUGUAUUGAGAUAUUUGUCUGCUUUAUUUAUACUAAGCCAUAUGUGUUUAAUAAAUGACAUAAGCAACUUGAA